AUGUCAUUUGGAAGGAGAGAACCAUCAACUCCCAGACAAGUAACUCAGUUUAUAAUUCCUUUGAGGCAUUCGUACAUAUCUUUACUCGAUGUACUUCCUAGUUUGGUUGGGGCUAUAUUGUGUAAUUGUAGUUACUCCCAAUUGAGGUUUCAUAUUUCUACUUCUAGCUUUUUGUAA